AAUCCCUGAAUUCCCAGCCGCACUCCCAACUGAUUCAAGUUUAAAACCUCACCGAUCACCGCAUAUCUCUCUCUCUCUCCCUCCCUCUCUAAUCUCUACGCCGCCUUUAAAAUCUACACUUCACUCUCUCCAAAAAACCUCUCUCUCUCUCUCUCUCUCUCUCUCUCUCUCUCUCUCUCUCUCCUCUCUGCUUCUGUUUACUUGCCGUCAAUUGUUCCCACACAUAAGAUUCUUCUACUCGGAAUUUCGCCGGAAUACUUUAACUUUCUACUCGUACUUUAAUCGUAGUACUUCCAGACUUCAAUUGAACACUCAGUAGUACUAAACCUCCCACAAAAAGAAGAAGAAGAAGACACACUCUUUUUGUAGGGUUUUACGCUAUGGCGCUCGCGUAAAACAAUGGCGGCGAGUUCCAGAGGCUUGUCAUCGACUCCGUUCGGCCUCAAACCGAGGAGAGCAGCAGCCGACGCGUCUCCCCAGCCGCAUCACCACCGCCGCGUGCGUCUCGACUGGUGGAAGAAGAAGAAAAUGCGGAGAGAUUGCAGGGUUGAGUGCCGUUGUUCGGACUCCGCGGUCCCCAUUAAGAAGAGCGUGGACAAGGCCGAGGAAUGGCGGCUUGAUUCCCAGAAGAGCCCUCGCAGAGCUCGAAUCCAACCUUCGCCGCCCUCAUUGCCGUUUGCGUCCACUCAUUCUCGGUUUGUUUCCAAACAGGAAAAAUUCUAUCCCCGUUGUACACCAAGAAAUUCUGGUUUCCAGUCUCGCGACACCCCACCAAAACGAGACACUGGUAUUGCAAAUGAGAAAGAUUGGGGCAUCAGUCUGGUAAAUGAAAAUGUCAAUGAGUCUGGCACUAGCGAAGAUGGCAGCACAUGGUAUCGAGAAAGUGGAGAGGACGUUGGAGGAAAAGGAUACAGAUGUAGAUGGACAAAGAUGGGUGGUCGAAGCCAUGAUGGCUCUUCAGAAUGGAAAGAAACGUGGUGGGAGAAAAGUGACUGGACAGGAUACAAAGAGCUAGGUGUAGAAAAAUCAGGAAGAAAUGCUGAAGGGGAUUCAUGGUGGGAAACAUGGCAAGAAGUGCUUCAUCAAGAUGAAUGGAGUAACCUGGCUAGGAUAGAAAGGAGCGCCCAAAAACAAGCAAAAUCAGGCACUCAAAAUGCUGGAUGGUAUGAGAAGUGGUGGGAGAAAUAUGAUGCCAAAGGCUGGACUGAGAAAGGGGCGCACAAGUAUGGCAGGCUGAAUGAACAGUCCUGGUGGGAGAAGUGGGGGGAGAAUUAUGAUGGAAGAGGCUCUGUUCUAAAAUGGACAGACAAGUGGGCUGAGACUGAACUUGGAACCAAAUGGGGAGACAAGUGGGAGGAGAAGUUUUUUUCGGGCAUAGGUUCGCGUCAGGGGGAGACAUGGCAUGUAUCACCCGUUGGUGACCGUUGGUCCAGAACAUGGGGAGAGGAGCACUUCGGAAAUGGCAAGGUGCACAAAUACGGAAAGAGCACAACUGGUGAAAGCUGGGAUAUUGUCGUGGAUGAGGAAACAUACUACGAGGCUGAACCACAUUAUGGAUGGGCGGAUGUCGUGGGCGAUUCAAGCCAGUUGCUAUCUAUCGAACCUCGGGAUAGGCCACCGGGGGUUUAUCCAAGUAUUGAUUUUGGGUCAUCUCCACCGCCUCCAGAUGAUGUCCCACCGGACAUGCCCUCCCACUCUCCACAAUGAGAAGUAGAUAUUUAUCUCAUUUGUUCGAAUCGGAGUUGUAAUGGAUAGAACUCUUCCUGUAACAGAAGGUUACAUUCCAAUUGUUCUUUCAUUUUAUUCAUUCUUUUAAAUUAUUGAAUUUUUCAUGUAAUUCUUGGACAGUGACAGGGUACUGAUGCAGCAUGGAUGAUGUAAAUUCAGGGGAAACAUGUCUAGCUGCUUAUCCUUGUUGAUGUAAAAGAUUUAGGUCCCAUUCCGAAACGGGAUUUAAGUAUUUAUUUUUUAAGAAAGUAAUUUCAAA